AUGGAAAACUACGGUGAUAAGUGCUACUACACCGCCGGCUGCAUGGGCGCCGCAGCUGACCCCUCCUCCUCCUCCUCCCUCUCGUCCUGGGACUCAUUUCCAUCCGACUUGAGUAGCGGCGAGAUGAUCGACACGGAAAUAAGGAGUCAGCCCAAGAAGCCAGCAGCCUACAUCGGCGUGCGCGCACGGCCGUGGGGACGGUUUGCGGCGGAGAUCCGGGACUCGACGCGGGGCGGCGCGCGUGUGUGGCUGGGCACGUUCGCCACGGCCGAGGCCGCCGCCAUGGCCUACGACCAGGCGGCGCUCUCGUCGCGGGGCGCGGCCACGGCGCUCAACUUCCCCCUCGAGCGCGUCCAGGACUCGCUCUGCGCCCUGGGCGCAACGGGCGCGGGCAUGGGCGGAUCACCCGUUCUCGCGCUCAAACGGCGCCACUCCAAGAGAAAGAGGCGCAGCAAGGCCGAGCUAGCGAACGAUGCCGCGGUAGGCACCGGGAGGGGGAGGAAGAACAAGACGAUGGCUACGUGCACGCAGGAGCGGUUCAUCGUGGAGCUGGAGGACCUCGGCGUCGACUACCUGGAUGAGCUCCUCAGGAUCACGUGUGAUAGUACAACUUAG